AUGGCGACAAAUCUGUCAAAUCUACAAAAUAAAUUCGCUGAUUUGCACGAAUGCAGAGGUGGCAAUGGCGGUCUCGAUGCCAAAGUGGCUGCAGAUAAAGCAAACAAUAUCGUUUGUGACAUUGGUCACCUCUGUCUGCAAGAUAUCACGGAUAAAGAGAUAGAUUAUAGUUGUUCACUGCUCUUUGAUAAGGAAACUGGCCUCCUAACAUUCCUGAGACAGGUGGCUCUAAAUGAUCAGUUCACCAACUGCAAAGCAUCAUCACUGGACUUCCUUCUCUCCUUCUUGAACAAAGUUGAGAAGAAGGUUUUGCCAUAUGCUGUGGAUUUGAAGGAUGUGUGUAUUUCCUUGUUCAGGGACAGGUUUGCCAAGGUCAAGAAUGGAACAUUCCCUGUCCUCAUCAAGCUGCUUGAGUUGACAACAGGAUCCGAAUUGGGUGAUGAACUAAAAGUGUCCAAAAUUAUAGACAAAUACUUCAUGGAAUUAACACAGGCAACCAAACACUCUGCCACCGUGAAGCAAGGUAUCUAUACAUUGCUGGGUGUGAUAUGUAAGGUGUAUCCAGAAUUAAUGGUCAACUAUUCAGAAAGAUUGCUGGGAGUCUACAUGAAAUCCCUAAAAGAGCAGAUGACAUCUCAGACCAAAAAGCCAGAACUUUCCAUUAUCGCUGGUUGUUUUGAUGGGCUCACCAGUUACCUUGUCAACUUCACACAGUCAGCGGAAGAAGGCUCCAAGUAUUCGUAUGACAUCUUCAACUACACCAGGAAAGCUAUCAAUCCUAAUAUCAACAUGACUCGCUACCAGAUGGUCAUCUCUGCUCUCAGUCUACUCAAAGAACACGGUCAACAGUUUGGAGAAUACCUGAUUGAAGAUUAUCAGUUGAUGUAUGAGCGGCUGUCCCACUGGGGUAACUACCAUAACAGGGAUGUGGCGAUAGUUGGCAGGUUGGCCCUGGAGACAUUCCUCAAACAGAUAGCUGACAUGUUGGUCUUAAAAGCAAAGAAGGGGACGGAAGACAGACAGAUAUUCCAGUACUUCAUCCAAAAAUUCUGUGGUGUGAUGAACAAUAAUUCAUCAGAUGCGAAACAGGUUUCCCUGGCGAUCAGAGGUUAUGGCUACUUUGCUGCGCCGUGCAAGAUUUUCAUGACUCCUGAAGAUGUCAAGUUCAUGUUCGCCGAGAUGAUCCAGAGAAGUGAGCAGUUGUUCUUCACUCAGAGCGAGGUGAUUGAUGAGAAGAUUCACAGUUUACCCAGCUUCGUUGAGGCACUCGCCAGCAUUGUCAAGGAAAUGGAGGAGGUCUCAGACACAUUCCUUGGCUCCAUGGAGAGACUGGUGGUCAUACUGAUAGAAAACUUCCACAAGUUCCAUCAGAAUACUAACUUCAUCUGCAUCAAAUCCAUCUUACGUGUCCUAAUGGCACUUGCACCAAAGGGGGCAACAUUCAGAAACUUCUUAUCGAAGAUAGUGUAUCAAGGUUUGAUCAGGACAUGUUCGCAUCAAGUUGUGGUUGAGAUAGAGCUACAGGAGUCUACGGGCCUGGUUGAUGACGAGUCGAGGGAAAGAAAGGUCACUUACAAGGAUUACAUUCCCUUGUGGGAGAGCCUGCUGGAUGUCCAACAACAGAAGUAUCUCCUCCAAAUGGGUAUGUCAGCAGACGAAAGGAAAGCUCUCCUGCGGGCUCUCUAUGAUGAAAUUGUCAGCUCUGUGUUGAGAAUCUUGGAGAAGUUAGAUCUGAGUUCAGCCAAAUCUGAGAGCCAAGAGGCUUCAACAAGUACCAACAGCAGAGCAGACGUGUCACCUGCCUCUGAUCCGGUCGUAGGACUCACUGCAGCUAAACCUAAAGAUUUCCAGAUUCUCAUCAACCUGGUGGACUUCUGUAGGGAUAUUCUGUGCGAGAAACACUACAAACUCUUUGAGAUAUGGAUGUAUACCUUCGGACACCAAGUCAUCCUCUUGUCCACCAAGUACCCACUUGUGAGUGGCUUCUACAAGCUACUGGCAACUUGUAUGAAGAUCUGUAACAAGUUGGUCUACUUCCAGGAGAUUGAGUUGUUUACAAAAAAAGAGAAUGCCAUGGAUACCGACUCAGCAGACGUCAAUGAGAAGGACACUCUUCAAGCAGAGAAAGACGUCUGCUUUGUUUUGUUUUCCAAAUUCACUAAAGAGGUCCUUGUUCGGAUGAAGCAAUACAAGGAUGACCUGCUGGCCUCCUGCUUGGUCUUUAUCCUAGCUCUGCCUCAAGAAAUCGUCACCAGUGAGAUCAAGUCGAUUGUGCCAGCUCUCAAGACCGCCUUCAAGAUUGGCUUGAGCUACCUUCCGUUGGCAUUGGCAGGUCUCGAGGCCCUUGAUCAGUGGUCCAAGAACCUCCCUCCAUCCCUGAUACAGCCAUAUUACAAGGAGAUACUGCCUUGCCUUGAUGCCUACCUCAAGACUACAACUGAUCAGGGGCCAGACAAUAGCAGUGCAGGGACGUUGACGAUUCCAUCGUCGGGCAGGUCAAGCAAGAGCAGGAAAAUACCUGUCAAGCUGCUGAAGAGCACACAGAAAAAGGCAGCAGCAUCAAAGAACUUUGAUACCCAACUGGCUACAACCAAACAGAGGAUAGUCAAACUUCUUGGUGCCAUUGGAGGCAGUAAUAACCCUUGGUUAGUUACCACGACUGCUGCUGACAUCGCUAGGUUAGCUGUUGCCUGGGAUACAGAGAAACACCUCAAGUUUGACAUGCCCUUUAUGGAUAUAAAGCCCACCAUCUACUUUGACCCGUUUCUACCAAGAAUCGUUGAACUUGCCACCACAUCCAGUGACCGUCAAGCCAAAGUAGCAGCCAGUGAGCUUCUCCACUCGAUGGUGCUGUACAUGUUGGGGCGUAGUGCCCAGCAGCCCGGGGACACACAGGAGAAAUUCCCCAUGGAUAAACUCCACCGGAGAGUGUUCCCUGUUGUGCUGCAGUUGGCCUGCGAUGUGGAACAGGUCUCUCGUCAGCUCUUUGAGCCUCUCAUGAUGCAGCUCAUCCACUGGUUUACUGGCAACAAGAAGUUUGAGAGUGAGGACACAGUCGCACUGUUAGAUGUAAUACUGGACGGAGUGAUCCAUCCGACUGAUACCGCCCUCAGAGACUUCAGUGCCACAUGUAUAAAGGAAUUCCUGAGAUGGUCCAUCAAGCAGACGUCCAAGAAGAUUCAGGAGAAGAGCCCUCACAACGCCAAGUCUCUCCUGAAACGUCUCUACAGCUAUGCACUGCAUCCUAAUGCUUUCAAACGAAUCGGUGCAGCUCUCGCAUUCAAUCAGGUCUAUGCUGUAUUCAGGGAAGAGGAAGCACUGGUUGACAUGUUUACAUUUGAGAUUUUGGCCAAUUACGUGGACAGUUUGGCCAUUGCCCACCAAGACGAUAAGUCAUUAGGUUCCCAGGAGCAGUGCAAGAAAGUCCUUGAUCAUCUUGAGCGCAUCAUCCGAGUCAAAGCAGACGUGUUCAUGAAGGAAUCCAAAAACAGACGCAUUCCAAGGGAAUGGAAGAAGGCAACGCUAGAUAUUGCCGUCCGAUGGCUGAUGCGACAGUGUGGCCGACCACAGACAGAAUGUCGCCAUGCUUGCAUGGAGCUCGUCUCCAAAUUGGCUCCAUGCAUCAAAGGAAUCAAAAGUGGCCAACAUCUGUUCAAAGCCUUGCACAAGCAAGAUGGCGCCGCAUAUUUCCUCAUCAGGUUCGAAGGCGGAGGAUACAAGUUGAACCAGAAGUCUGGCCUUGCUCGUUAUCCGACCCUGAAUGACCUCGAGGGGGGUUUCUCCCUGAAAGCGACUCUUCAUUGGUUUGAUCUGCUCCUGGCUUCCCUGGAUUGUUACACCUGGAUAUUCGGGCAGGAUCUUCUGCUGCCGUCAGAGGUUCUCAGUGAUAAAGGUGCAAAGGUGACGUGUGUCUUCAAGUCGUUGGAGUUCUUCCUGACCAAGCUUGCACUGAGCGAUAUAGAAGCUGCGGUCAGAGAGUUCAACGUGAGGACGGAGCAGAGCAUCUUCACCCCGAAGGAGGUGGAUGAUUAUAACAAGGCCAAGUGUACCGUGAUUGUGCGAGUGAUGGAUUUCAUACUUGUCAUGUUGGGCAAGCAUCCACAGGACUGUCUCAAGGUGAUCCCUGCACAGAUGUGGAGUAAGCAGUUCUGGGAGCUUGUUUGUUGCUUGGUACUUGAACCGAGUAAAGUUGGCUUCAACAUGGGUGAUGUGGAGAUAAUGAUGAAACUGCCAGAUCAGGUGAUGCAGCUUCUGCAAGUAUAUAGCAGACGCCUUCCCCAGGACUUACUGAAUCGCUUCAAGAGUGAGCUGGAGUGUCGCAUCCAGGCUCCAGGCUCUGGCUGCGAUCUCUUCCGCCUCUUACCGAUCACUCUCUCAGAUGGCGCCACUGACUACAUGCGUCUGACACAGAUCGUCAGUGGCUACGACCAGCUCCAGAAAGCGGGAUUACUUCAGGGUGUAUUGCCCAAGAAGUUACAAGCUGGGAAGAGUAUUGGGAAAGAGAUCAUGAAUUCUGUCUUCAGGGAGAUGACCUCUGAGAAGGAUGGGCAGCAUGUCCUAGUGACCUUGACGCCCACUGCUAAGGAGCUUGCUCAGAGAAUGCUACAGCUUGCGUUUGUGGUUGGAAUACAGCCAAGUGAUUUGCUCACCUUACUGACGGAGUCAACAGUUGUGGUCGGGUCAGAAGGCCGUGGGUCUGCACGUUAUGGUUUAGUUUUCUAUACAGAAUUCAAAGUGCCAAACAACCAGUACAUCAUUGAAACAUCAAGUGAUUUCAUUGCAAGUUUGAUGAAGAAAGUACCGUUUGAGCCGAUGAUGGUAUCUAGUAUUCUCCAGAGCGUCUUUGAUCAGAUCAGCAGGGAUAGGAACCUCAGAAAGAAUGAGGGUGUACUGGCAGCCUCUGCCCUUCUGAAACAGUGGGACCUCUUCACUCCAUGGUGGAAGAAUACCAAGAAGAAUGACCUCAAGACAGCCAUCCUAGCCAUAUUCAACAAAGUGCUCUUGGUGGAUUCAAAGGUCACCACGGAUGUGAAACACGAAGCUUUUCAAGAAGUCUUCACCAUGUACUGCCAUUUAUUGACGGAUUCUUAUACCAACCUAACGUUCAAGAGUCAAGUGCUGAAUCUGUUGUUCUUCUAUACGAACCUACCAGAGAAGCAAACAGCUGAACUGAAAUCAAGCCUAGACAGACUGGUUGCAGACAACUUUCCUCUGAAGAGCACAGAGUUUCCAGAAGGUUCUCCGCAGUAUAACGAAUAUGUAGCAGCACUUGGAAAGAUUCUGAACGCUUUGGAAUUGUCAGGAAGUCUGAUGCUGUUGGAGUUGUUGAUAAGUAUCAUGUGUCGUGACGCCAAACAUGUGUUUGAGGACGAGCUGCAGAACUCAUUGACUGUCUUCAUCAAGAGGCUGGCUACAGACAAGCAGAAACCAGCCCUUGAUGUGGCCUACAAAGUCUAUAUGAAGGAGGAGAGUUAUCCUAAUGAUAUCAGACAAGCUGCUCUUGAGAGGGUUUGCCUGCCGAUGUUACGGUUUGUUCACACAGCAGCGGUCAGGGAGUUCUUCAUGGAUCACAUCAGAGAGAUACUUGGCGUCCUGGAGGCGAAGCAGAGUAAACCCUCCGAGAGUGCAUUUGAGACGCAGCUCGUCACCAAGAUUUGCUGUUUCCAGCUGGCCGAGGUCCUCUUCUCUCAACUAUCAAAAGAGGAAACCAAUUCCAAGAACUCCGCCAUCAAUCAGAGAUACUGUGGGAAUAACCCAAAUGCUGCUGGCAAUGAGUUGACAGUCGCAAUAACCAAGGCGGCACAUGUUGCCAAGAAGGAGGACAUGCGUGGUGAGACUCGACACCUUGAGCUGAGGCGACGGUUCCACUGUGCUGCUUACAAUACUAUGAUAGCUGUGGUGUCCUGCACGAAGGAUGAGUCAAAAUUCUAUGAUGGAUUCCUCUUCAGUGAUAACCCCAAAAAGGGAGAGUUCCUUCUUGAUAACAUGAUUGACAAGGACAGAAAAUAUACGUUUGAGAGAGAACUCGAGAGUCCGAUCACCAGAAAGAAGACCUUUGUCUCUAUCCGUAAAGAUGUACGCGAGAGCCGCCAUGAUGGAUCAGAGGAUGAGUCCUAUAUGGCCUCCUCCUCGGUACACUACCUGGCCUCUCAGUACCUCGCGGACAGCAGUCUCAGCGAUGAGGUCAGCCAGUUUGAUAGACUCUCUAGUGCUCAGACAUAUACUGGCACGUUUGAAAAGGACUUGGAGAGAAGAAUGAAGUCAAAAGAGGCAGACACCAGCUCUGAAGAUCAGGAAUCUGCCACUGUUGUGAAGGGUGAUUAUGUUGAAAUGGACAUGGAUGACUUAAACCAGCAUGAAUGCAUGGCGACCCUCACAGCCCUCUUGCAGCAUAUGCAGAGAAACAACAUUACACCUGCCGUGGAGAAGGGUACCGUUCCACGAGAUAUGCCAAACUGGAUGAGUUACCUGCAUAGGAGGUUCAGCGACCCUAACAGCUAUACCAACAUCCGUCUGUUCAUUGCUCGACUCAUCAUCAAUGCACAGGAGGUGUUCCGUCCGUACACCAAGUUCUGGCUGAGCCCCCUCGUCCAGUUCAUCAUCACAGAGAACAGUGGCACCGGCCUCAAUUAUAUGUUGGUGGACAUCGUGGUGACGAUGCUGUCUUGGGGAACAGUCGCUAUUCCUCAGGAUACUGUUGGGGAUCGAGCAAUGGCCAGUUCUCUGGUUGAGUUCCUGAUGAAGAACUGUCACCAUGAGACGAGAGGGAUACUGAGGAACAAUCUGGAGAUGCUGAAGACACUUGUUGAAUGUUGGCGCGACAGGGUGGAUAUUCCCGUAAAGAUUAUCUAUGACCACUUGAACAAACCCGACCCAAAGGACUCGAGUAGUGCUACAGGGAUCCAGCUACUGGGUGUCGUGGUGGCCAACAAGCUCCCUCCCUACAGGGAAACCAUGACAGUGGAUAAGGAGAGGUAUUACUUUGUCCUGGCUAACAACCUGAUGAAGAACUCAAAGACAGUUCACACAGCGGCAGCCGAGGUCCUUGGCAUGGUGCUGAAGUACCUCUCGGAGAAAGACCCUGAUGUCCAGGCAGGCUAUCACGAUCACAUCCACAAGAUCCUCUCCACACUGCAGCAGGGCAAGCCGGACCAGUUCAUCAACUGUGUCCACAGGAUACAGCUCCAUUAUCCUCCGAUGGCAGACCGAUUCACCACCAAGUUACUGUUCAUGCUGCCCAGUCUCCACGGUGAAUUCAAAACGUUGUGCUUGGAGAUUAUUCUGUCUAGAAUUGACAACAUUGAGGACAUCUUCCUCGAGCUAAAGAACAAGGGGCUGCUUGACCUGCUGAAUCACAGAGAUGAAGCCACGCAGCAUGUAACUCUGAAGAUUGUCCACAGUAUGUUGAAGAGACUUAGCCCAAAGGACCUGCUCUACCUGCUGCCCUCUGUGGUCGAAUUCACUGACAACCCAAGUCAGGUGUGCAGGGGCACAAUGUACGAGAUACUCAUGUGGAUAUAUGACAAUUAUAGGGAAGAGGAGAGUGAUGAAGGCCAUCAGAUCAUGACGCAGACCAAGGACACACUACUCAAGGGGCUCUCAGAUGAUGAGAUCAGAAACAGGCUCACCAUUCAAAAUUUCUGGAGUCAUGAGACGAGGCUGCCUACUGGGACGUUAGAUCGUAUGGUAGCGAUGUUGGAGGCGAUGUACUCCCCUGCCACCGAGAAUCAAUACCUGAGUUACGCCACCAACCUCUUGCUGGAGAUGACAUCAAAAAGUCCAGAUUACAACAGGGAAAUAUUUGAACAUCCGUUAUCGGAAUGUAAAUUCUCGGACUACAGUGUGAGUGCCUCAUGGAGACAGAGACAUGCAGGGAUGACUCCGCUCUUUGUUGAAACCUUUGCCAGCCAGGGGGCGACACAAGGUUCAAGUCUCGACGAGUCUAUGGCCGGAGUGAGGGCCACGCAGGAUGUCCAACAGUUCACUCAGACACAGCAAGAAGGAGCCUCUAAGAACCCCUACAACUGGUUGACCCAGUCCAGCUUGGACACCUUCACCAACAUCAGCAUGAGCCUUUCCAUGGCCGACUCACAGCAGUCAUCAUCGUUGCUGUUCAAUGUUGGGAAAGCACCUGCAAGGCCGAGAAGACAGAAGCGCCCUCUGCCUGCAGGAUUUGGCAAAGAGAAGCUCGGUGGUGGAGCAGCUCCAGCAGCUGUGGAAGAGUCGGAGCAGGAUAUUGAACUCAAGCGACUCAAGAGACGUUUUGUGAAGGAUCAGACGUCAACCAGUCAUUACUACGCGAGGAAGAAUCUCGCCUUGAAGAAAAAGCGAGAGGAAAACUUGAAAGAGCAAAGAUCCAAGAGGGAGUUCCAGGUGACCAUGUACAGGAAGUACAGGAUAGGAGACUUACCUGACAUCCAGAUCAAGUACUCCUAUAUCAUCGCUCCCCUGCAGGCACUGGCACAGCGUGACAGCACAUUGGCUAAGAUGCUCUUCAGCGCCAUCUUCAGGGGUAUCUUCUUAAAGGUGGAUGACAUCAAGACCGAACGAGAAGUCAUCGAAACAACGCAGAAGAUCAACCAGUGUCUGAAUGACAUGCUCUCAAACUCGUCCAGAUAUUACCCACAGUUCAUCGCUUGUAUCCAGGACAUUGCCUUCCACCUUCCAAAGAAGUUAAAGCUGGAAGCCACCACAGUCAACACCUGUUGUGUGACGAGCCUUCAGCAGCCGCUUGGGAUAGUCUUACUAGAGGAGCAGCUUCUGCAGCAGGUCGAAGCCGCUGAACCACCGUCCAAGAAGCGACGUGGAGGCACGGCACUGACCAGUGGUGCUGCAGUGUCUCAGGAGACAGGCACAUGGAUUGAACUGGCAAGGGUUUACAAAUCUCUUGGCGACUAUGAUGUCCUUCGAGGAAUCUUCAGCGGAAUGAUCAACACCAAACAGGUUACCCAUGAUGCAUUAGAAGCGGAGGCCAGGGGUGACUUCUCAACCGCUGUCAAGCUUUACAAUGAUGCUAUUUCAGAAACCGACUGGCGUGAUGGCAGACCUCAGGAAGUCGAAGUAGACCUCUGGGAUGACUGUAGGCUAAAGUGUUUCGACCAGCUCACCCAGUGGAGUAACCUUGAGGAGUUCACAGUGACUUGUGUUGAUGAUAGUGACAACCCCAAGCUGGAGAAAGUCUGGGACGAUACUUAUUAUCAGGAGCACUAUUUGCCGUUCAUCAUCCGUAGCAAGCUGAAGCUGCUGGUGGAGGGUGAUGAACACCAGCAGGACCUGUUCACGUUCAUUGACCAGUCCAUGAAAGCACCCGAGAGGAAGGCUCUCCUGGAGACGAGGUUCUGUGAGGAGCUGGCGCUCAUGUACCUCUGGCAAGAGCAAUACGACAGGGCGAGAUAUUACACCAACAAUGCGCUCCAACUAUUCCUGCAGGACUGGUCAAGUAUCGAUACUCUGAUGCUCUCCUCCAGGGUGGCUAAGCUUCAGGGAUUGCAGAAGCUGACUGAGUUACAAGAGUUUCUCGAGUUCAUGAGAUAUGAUAGUAACUUCCAGAAUAGCCAUCUCUCUGUGAGCCUGGUCGACAAGUGGCUGGAUCAUAAACCGGACUUGUUGAUGGACCCCUCCAAUAUCUGGGAUGAUAUUACCACCAAUAGGUGUGUGUUCAUCGACCACCUUGACAAGAAGCUCGAGAAACAGGGGAUCCAUGAAGAGACACACAGCGCCUUCGAGAUGAAGAAGGUUCUGUUGAGGCUGAGUCAGGCUGGCAGCGCGAGAGAACAGAACAACUUCCCAUUGGCGCUCAAGCUCUUGAAAACAACGCAUAGGAAUGCUAAAGCAACUAAUGACGAGUCUUUGCUGAUUCAAUGGACCCAUUGUUACUCCCUCACACAUCAACAGAAGGUUCACAUGGUCGGCAGCAGCCUACCAUUGCCAAAGAAACUGGAGAGUUUGUUGAGCUCAAUGGACCAGCUACAGAAGCUUAGCAGCAGUGAUGUGUUCAAGUGUGACAGUCUAUUAGGCAGACAACAGGACAUCCUUCAGGGGAAGACACUCGAUAUGGUAGCCCUGGAGAUCUUGGAGAAUCUUGGCUCGGGUGAUACGCUGCCUGAUGAAACCCUUGACAAGAUAGCUAGCCUAACUGGUUGCCAACACAACAUGGAUCAGGUUGUGAGUGGACUUGUUGAGAAGGGUUACAGUUAUAUGCAAAAUGCUACCAAGUCCGCCUUGAAGGAGGAGGGCGAGACCAGUGAGGCCAUGAUACUCGACGUGGACGGAAUCAUUGCAGCCCAUAUGACCAUGGUUAGAUAUUGCGAUCAGUACUUACGCAGGAAUGAAGAAGCUGAUUCCCAAGAGGUAGACUGCCCGUCUCUUAAGCGGUUCCCUGAGACUGUCAUCACAUCACUGCUGGCCGCCAUGAAGCACAACUCAAAGGAAGCAAGACAGAAGUUUGCCCGGUUACUUCAGAUUGUUGAGUCAUUCCCCGACACAAUGGAUACAUUCAUUGAGAAGACGAAGGAGAUCCCGUGCUGGAUGUUCAUCUCGUGGAUCAGUCAGAUGGUGUCCUACUUGGACAAGACAGGAGCCAGGGCCGUCCAGGAUAUCUUGACAAGAAUCUCGGAGGAAUACCCUCAGGCCCUGAUCUACCCGUUCAAGAUCAGCAGUGAGUCAUUCCAGUUCAGUGGCACAGCCGAGGGGAAGCGGAACAAGGCAGCAGUGGACAGAUUGGAGGCCACUCUUUCCCAAGUUCCUCUUGUCAACACCCUGAUCGCAGCCCUGGAGCAGUUCGGUCAGCCCAAUGCAUUGUUUGGGGAUUGGAUAGAUGAUAUGAAGAAAAUAUUGGAGGGCAAGAGUCGCGACAGGACCAAGAUCAUGCAGUGCUUCAGGGGGAUUUAUGCUGAGUUGAUGGACCAUCGAGGCAGCGUGAGCCAGGACACGAGCCAGUCUCUGUAUGAUGGCACGGGGGCACCGACUCAGAUAGGCAUGGGGCCAUACAGAAAGAGGUUUGCCCAAGCCUUUGCUAAAGAAGUCGACACUCUUUUUGGAAAUGAUGGUGCCAAGAUUGUUCCCAUGACUCUCGGGGAUUUUGUCAAAAAAGCGAGCAGCCUUCGAGAAAAGAUGACGGGCGAGGCCGGUAAGAAGCUCUCGCCUCCCCGCACCCUGAAGGAAUACUCUCCCUGGAUGCAUGAGUUCAAGGCAGCUAACUAUGAGAAGGAGUUAGAGAUUCCUGGUCAAUAUACCGGCACGUCAAAACCACUGCCGGAGUAUCACACCAAGAUAUCAGGCUUUGAUGAAAGGGUUUUGGUUCUGUCCUCCCUGCGUAAACCCAAGCGAAUCAUCAUCCGGGGGAAUGAUGAGAAAGACCACAUGUUCCUGGUGAAGGGUGGUGAGGACCUGAGGCAGGACCAGAGGAUCGAACAGCUGUUUGUCAUCAUGAAUGAGGUGUUCCAGCAGGAUCCAGCAUGCAGGCAGAGGAAGCUGACACUGCGCACUUAUCAGGUCAUACCUAUGACUCCAAGGGUUGGUCUGAUUGAGUGGAUGCGUCACACACAACCUCUGAAGGAAUUCAUGGCUGCUGCGAUGACAAAACAAGAAUCAACCUUUGCAGAAUCUGACAAGGGAGCCAAGGCGCUCCACUUCAGCUGGGUCGACAAGUUUGCUGCCAAGAAGAAUGAUCGCCAUGCCACUAACUAUGCUCCGAUGUACAGUAAGGCUUCCAAGGCAGAGACUGUGAAGGCGUUCAGGGACAGGGAGGGGAAAGUACCAUGGGAUCUAUUGAGGCGUGCCUUUUUGCGAAUGAGUUCAUCACCCGAGGCGUUCUUCACAUUAAGAUCUCACUUCAUCUCCUCGCACGCACUCAUAUGUACAGCCCAGUACAUCCUGGGCAUUGGUGACAGACAUCUGUCCAACUUCAUGAUUGAUUUGGAAACAGGGGGAAUGGUUGGCAUUGACUUUGGUCAUGCAUUCGGAUCAGCUACCCAGUUCCUGCCUGUUCCUGAGCUGAUGCCAUUCCGUAUGACUCGGCAGAUUGUCAACCUCAUGAUGCCCAUGAAAGAGAAAGGAAUGUUCGAGUUCACGAUGGUGCAUGGGCUGCGCGCGUUGAGGAAGGAUUAUGAUCUGCUACUGAACGUCAUGGAUGUCUUCAUCAAGGAUGUUUCUCUCGACUGGAUUCAAAAUGCAGAAAAACAGAAGAAAGAAAAGCAGGAAGCUGAAGAUGCUGACAUCGACAAUGCGUGGUAUCCGAAACAGAAGGUAUCCUAUGUUAAGAGGAAACUACAGGGUGCUAAUUCUUGCCAUAUUACAAGAGACGAGCUGAAGCUGGGACAUUCCAAGAAGAGCUCAUACAAGGCGUAUGUGAGUGUGUGUAUGGGUGACGGUGAUAACGUCCGUCACCGACAUCCUGGAGCGGGGCUGAGCGUGGAGGAUCAAGUCACAUGUCUGAUUGAUCAGGCAACGGAUCCAAAUAUUCUCGGUCGGACGUGGAUUGGAUGGGAAUCAUGGAUGUGAAAGGACUGUGAUGUUACCUGAAGCUAUUGAGUGUUUUCACAUAGCAAUGAACAAAUACCAACAUCACAGAGUUGACAGUUUCUACGUGGUCUUACAAGUUAGCCACAUGAACUGUGUGGGGGGGGGGGUUAGGUGCUAUUAUAUUAUCAUGGCUAUAGUUACCUGUACGUCACUGAUAGUUACAUUUGUUUAAAAUUAGUAAUCUGUAAUUUGUUAAGAAUUAGUAAUGAUUAGGCUAUCAUGUAAUCACAUGUGCACUUCUAUCAAAGAUAUUAUGUGGAAAAAAAGUUUGUUGGAAGGAGUGUCGGAGUCUUCUGUGUCCUGUUACAUGGCUUGGUGGACUAACGAUCCAUGAUCAUAAAGAUCUGAAUCAACACCAGUCAAUCGCCCUGUCUCCUCUGAUUCCAAAGCACAUUUUCAAUCAUCCUGUUUAUGCAUACCUCAAAGGUAAGACUGCCAUCACUUUCACAACAGACGGUCAUGUAUGUAGGCUUACGUAGAUUCCCAAUAAUUUAGCUGGGUC